CCGCAUUCACGCCUAUUGAUUCUCCUUUCUAACACUCCUCAGCAGCCAGCCAGACAGAGAAUCUAGAGAGAGCGAGGCGGCCGGCCAUCGUCUCCGGACUCAAAUCUCGUUUUCUCUCACUCUCAGUGUUUAAUAGAAAAUGGCAGAUGCUGAGGAUAUUCAGCCACUUGUCUGUGACAAUGGAACUGGAAUGGUGAAGGCUGGAUUUGCUGGUGAUGAUGCUCCAAGAGCAGUGUUUCCCAGUAUUGUGGGUCGCCCCCGACACACUGGUGUUAUGGUUGGGAUGGGACAGAAGGAUGCCUAUGUGGGUGAUGAAGCCCAGUCUAAGAGAGGUAUCUUGACCUUGAAAUACCCCAUUGAGCAUGGUAUUGUUAGCAACUGGGAUGAUAUGGAAAAGAUCUGGCAUCACACUUUCUACAACGAGCUUCGUGUUGCACCUGAGGAGCACCCUGUCCUUCUUACCGAGGCACCCCUCAACCCAAAAGCAAACAGAGAGAAGAUGACACAAAUCAUGUUUGAGACAUUUAAUGUUCCUGCAAUGUAUGUUGCCAUUCAGGCUGUGCUAUCCUUGUAUGCCAGUGGACGUACAACUGGUAUUGUGCUGGAUUCUGGUGAUGGUGUGAGCCAUACUGUACCCAUCUAUGAAGGUUAUGCCCUUCCUCAUGCCAUUCUUCGUUUGGACCUUGCUGGCCGUGACCUCACCGAUCACCUUAUGAAGAUCCUAACUGAAAGAGGUUACAUGUUCACUACUACUGCUGAGCGGGAAAUUGUCCGUGACAUGAAGGAAAAGCUUGCAUAUGUGGCCCUUGACUAUGAGCAAGAGCUUGAAACUGCAAAGAGCAGCUCCUCUGUUGAGAAGAACUAUGAGUUGCCCGAUGGGCAGGUCAUAACUAUCGGAGCAGAGAGGUUCCGUUGCCCAGAAGUCCUCUUCCAGCCAUCUAUGAUUGGAAUGGAAGCUGCUGGUAUUCACGAGACUACUUACAACUCCAUUAUGAAGUGUGAUGUAGAUAUCAGGAAGGAUCUCUAUGGUAAUAUUGUUCUCAGUGGUGGCUCUACAAUGUUCCCUGGUAUUGCUGAUCGGAUGAGCAAGGAAAUCACUGCUUUAGCCCCCAGCAGCAUGAAGAUUAAGGUGGUUGCUCCACCAGAAAGAAAAUACAGUGUUUGGAUUGGAGGAUCCAUCCUCGCAUCCCUCAGCACUUUCCAGCAGAUGUGGAUUUCGAAAGGGGAGUAUGAGGAGUCUGGCCCAUCAAUUGUCCACAGGAAGUGCUUCUAAGAUGCUACUACUAUUUUAAAGGGGUGGCCACUUGUGUUUGCCUCUUCUGCCUAGACGUGUCAUUGCUGGUAGGUGUUUGUAGUUGGAGAGUGAGUGGUUGUGAUGUUGUUUUCUUCAAUUUUCUUCUUUCUCUUCCCAAUUUCUUAUUAUAUGGGGCUCUUUUUAUCAACGGACAAGGUUAUGUUAAUAUUUAUUGUACCAGAAUUUUAUGGCAGUGAUUGUUUUGGGGAAUUAUGAGCCUGGCCAGAUUGAAAGGUUCCUAGGUUUUUUUUCGUGUGGAUGUAGAAAUUUUUUGGGGGCUUAGCGCACCCAUCUAAAUUUGUGGGAAACUUUGUUUUGA